AUGGCUCAGCUAAAGGUCAAAGUGCAGGCAAGGAAGGCUGCCACCCAAAUAAAAGGCUCCUGCCUCUUUAUGGACUUGGAGAAAAGUAGAGGUGCCACGAGCAGAGAGAUUCUGAACAGAAAUAGAGACAAGUGCCUUCACAAGGCUGUCAGUAGCCAGAGCUCCAAAUGGAGGAGCCAGGAUAGGAAUACAGACACAAUCUCCAGCAAGACUAGCCUGGGAGGCCUAAGCCCUCAAGAGCAAGCCCCUCUAGAAAACAGUGAUGGACUGCUCUGCCCCCACUCUGGUGUGGGGAAGGCAGGUUCCUCCACGGGGCCUGUCAGACAGUCUUUGAUCAAGGCUGAAAGGCUCCCUGUGGUCAGGACCAUCCCCGAGUUGUCAACAGGAUUUGGGCCUGGAGCCAGAUUCCACAGUGUUAAGGUGUGGAUCCCCAGUCAUUCCCCUCACCCUGGGAGACGUCCUUGUGUCCAGCCAGCUGUCACCGCACACCUGGUCCUCCCACCUCGCAGAAUUCCCAGCGCCACGCUCCUAGAGCCUGAGUCAAGGACGCUGGAUAGCGCCCCGAGGUCCACCAAGCGUUCCCAGCCGGCCAAGGACCGGAAGUGGCUUGGCAGGGGGCGGGGCUUCCUGAGCUAUGCCCCGCGCAGGCGCAGUUUACUGGGACCCACGGCGCUGGUGCUGGUGGCCGGGGCGUCGUGGCCGUCGCCCGCAGCCUCAGAUGAAAAAAGUCUAAAACCUCCUCAGAAAGUAGAGGUCUCCAUCAUAGAUGACGACUUUACCCUGAAGUGGAAUGGGAGCCAGGAGUCUAUCAGGAAUGUGACUUUUUCAGCAGAUUAUAUAACAUCUGAGAUGGAUAAUUGGAUAAAAUUGCCUGGGUGUCAACAUAUCACAGGUUCAAAAUGCAACUUCUCCUCGCUUGAUAUAAAUUUUUAUGAAAAUAUUACUUUGCGUAUAAGAGCAGAAGAAGAAAAACACACUUCUUUGUGGUAUCACACUGACACGUUCAUACCUUUUGAGAAAGCUCACCUUGGUCCUCCAGAAGUACGUUUAGAAGCUGAAGAUAAAGCAAUAAUAAUAUACUUCUUCCGUCCCGGAAGAAAGGAUGAUACUUCUAUAUGGGAUAUGGAUACUACAAGCUUUUCAUUCAGCUUAAUUUUCUGGGAAAACUCUGCACAUACGGAACAACAAAUUGAAACUGAUCAUUACAUGGAUAAAAUUUAUAACCUCUCACCAGAGACGACUUACUGUUUGAAAGCUAAAGCAAGACUACCUUUGCAGAAUAGAUCUGGUGUCUAUAGUCCUGUAUAUUGUAUAAAUACCACAGUUGAACAUAAGCCACCUGCACCAGAAAAUAUAGAAGUUGGUACUCAAAAUCAGAGCUAUGUUCUGAAAUGGGAUUACGAAGAUAGAAAUGUGACCUUUCGAGCUCAGUGGCUAUAUGCCUUUUCAAAACUGAUUCCUGGAGACAACUUAGAUAAAUGGAAACAAAUAUCUAACUGUGAAAAUGUCAGAACUACAUAUUGUGUAUUUCCUCAAAAUAUUUUCCUAAAAGGAACUUACUUUCUCCGUGUGCAAGCAUCUGAUGGAAACAACACAUCUUUUUGGUCUAAGGAGAAAAAAGUUAAUACUGAAAUGUACUAUACCAUAUUUCCUCCAGACAUUUCCAUGAAAUCCACUAGUGAUUCACUGCGGGUCUUUGUCACAGCUCCAAAAGAGCCCUGGAACAGAUUUCACCCAUUCAUUUAUGAAAUUAUUUUUUGGGAAAACACUUCAAAUACUGAGAGGAAAAUUAUAGCAAAAGAAAUGGACAUUGCUAUCCCUAACUUGCAACCACUGAGGCUAUAUUGUGUCAAAGCCAGGUGGCACCUUCUGGAGGACGAGAGGAAUAAAACCAGUGCUUUCAGUGCUGCAGUAUGUGAGCAAACGAAGCCAGGAACUUUUUCUACCAUGUGGAUAGUAAUUGGAAUUUUGCCCCUACUGGUCAUAGUCAUCUGUGUUAUGAAAAUCCUUCAGAGGUGUCUCAACUAUGUGUUUUUCCCGGCACUUAAACUUCCUUGCAGUAUCGAUGAGAAUUUCUCUGAACAUUCAUUUGGAAAUCUUCUACUUUCUACUUCUGAGGAACAAACAGAAAAAUGUUUCAUAAUUGAAAACACACAAAGUGUUAUCAUAGCAGAGCAAACUAAUGAAAUUGAUGAAGACUGCAAGAAGUACGAUCCCCAGACCAGUCAAGAUUCAGGAAACUAUUCUUAUGAAGGUGAAACUCUGGAAAGUCAAAUAAGUGAAGAGCUUCUGCAGCAGAAAGUCCUAUCUCCAGGAAUGAUCUCCUGAGUCCUCCGUUGCCCCAGGAGUUUGUCCUAGCACUGAGCUCUCAGGGCCUGCACAGAGGCUGUUCGCUUGUGGGGAAGGAAGACAAGCUUCAGAUCAAGGUCUUGACCAUACAGGCAAGCAUCAAAAUAUAGUGAGAGGGUCUGGAGCCAAGUGUGCUGCCUUCGUCUGGGCUGUCUGAUGAGUUAGCUCUGAGCAUGGCCACCGUCUUCCCAGGGCUUCCGUACCACUGUGCUGCAUUCUGUGGCUACAGAGAAUGUAUGGCUACCUCAGGUAAUUCUGCCAUACUGCUGCUGGCUUCCUUUGUUCUCCAUUUCGGAGACUGUAGGAGAUAUUUAGGUCAUUUGAGGUAGGCCUUUGUGAUAUUUACGUAGAAAAAUCUGAAUGCCGUUAUCAACUUGAUUUUCUGCAAAGUAACCACAGAUGCCAGGAAAAUGAUGAUUAAAAGUAUUGUGAGAACAUUGGCUUCUGUAACACAGAUACCUGUCCUUACAUUCAGAUUUCCUAAUUCAUAACCUACUAGAACAAUAGCUUCUGAUUAGGAUUUUGAGUCACUGAAGUCCUAGAGAGCAGUUACUAAUUUUAAGAGAAGCCAUUGUUCUGUUUUUUAUCUCAAGAGUAUGUACUGAUUAGGUACAGUAUACAUAGGAAAUAGUCUUAGGACCAGAAAAUACCCAUUUUAAAAAAGAGAAGUAGACUCAUAAGGAAGACAAGUGAAUUUGAUGAAAAAGUAAGAAUAAUGUGUACAAUCUUUUUAGCCCAUUGUGUUUUUAUGGCUUAGCUGUGUCACUUUAAAACCAGACUACCAGGCGUGGUGGUGCAUGCCUGUAAUCCCAGCACUCAGGAGGCUGAGGCAAGAGGAUUGCCAAGA